AUGUGCCAACUUCACACCACAGAAUCUUCUUCUCGUUCCGCUCAUGCAGCUUGCAGCACAUCGGAUCGAGUCUUGCUACCUACGGAUGUUCGUCCCAUCAAUUAUCGAUUAACUUUGAACCCUGAUCUCGAAAAGUUUGUGUUCACUGUGGAUGAGCAGGUUGAUUUGAAGAUACAAAAAGACCCUUCAUCGAUUACCAAGAUCGUUGCAAAUAGCAAGGAGAUAGUCGUGAACGAAGCUUCUCUUUCUAUUGGAGAAACUACACUUGAAUUUAAAAGUAUUACGUACGAUGAAGCAAAUGAUUAUGUAAUUUUCGAAUUGGACAAUACUAAUGCUGCAUUCUCGUCUCUCAAAAUUGGUGAUAUUGUCACACUCAAUAUUAAAUCCACAGGUGAAUUGAAUGACCGACUUGUAGGUUUUUAUCGUAGCAAGUACUACAAGGAUGGUGUUGAAAAAUAUGGUUGUUGCACACAAUUCGAAGCAGUGGAUGCUCGUAGAUGUUUUGUUUGUUGGGACGAACCAAGUUUGAAAGCAGUGUUUGAGGUGACUCUCAUCGCUCCAAAAACUUACGUUGCACUCUCGAAUAUGCAUUGCAUUGAGGAGAGAGAUUUCGGUCAAGACAAGAAGCUUUGUAAAUUUGCUCCAACUCCAAUCAUGUCCACUUAUUUAUUAGCAUUUGUUGUCUAUGAGUUUGAUUAUGUAGAAAUGAUUGCAACAGAGACUCAUAACAAGAUUCCUGUACGAGUCUAUACUCCUGUUGGUAAAAAAGAGCAAGGAGAGUUUGCAUUGCAAGUGGCUGCAAAGGUAUUGGCUCUCUAUGAAAAAUACUUUGAAAUUCCAUAUCCAUUGACCAAGUUAGACAUGGCAGGUGUAUCAUUGGCAGCAGGAGCAAUGGAAAAUUAUGGAUUGGUUCUUUACAGAGAAAAUGCAAUUUAUGUUGAUCCAAAGAACACUUCUUCAAGUGUCAAGCAAUAUGUUGCUAUUGUAGUUGCUCAUGAGUUGUCUCAUCAAUGGUUUGGCAAUUUGGUUACCAUGGCUUGGUGGAACUCACUCUUCUUGAAUGAAGCUUAUGCUACAUGGUGUGAAUAUUAUGCAACCAAUCAAUUAUUCCCUGAAUGGUUGGUUUGGGAGCAGUUUGUACAUGAUGAUUUCUUUAAGGCCAUGUCUUUGGAUUCUUUAAAGUCAAGCCAUCCUGUUGAAGUACCAGUUAGAGUUGCUGCCGAGAUUGAUGAGAUUUUUGAUGCCAUUUCCUAUUCAAAAGGUUGUUGUGUGGUCAGAAUGUUAAUUAACUUUUUGGGAGAAGAAAACUUUAGAAAGGGAAUGGUUCAUUACUUGAAAAAGUAUAGCUAUUCAAAUGCAGACACUAUAGAUUUAUGGGAUGCUCUUACACAAGCGACUGGUAUUGAUGUGACUUCAUUGAUGGAAUCAUGGGUUCUAAAAAUUGGAUUCCCUGUUAUCACUGUGACUGAGAAGAUCAAUGGCAAUGAAAAGGUGCUCACUUUGAGACAAGGUCGAUUUUUAGAAGAGAGUGGUGUGGAUACCUCUGACACCACCAUUUGGUCCAUUCCUGUUUCAUACAUUGUCUGUUCAGCAGAAGACAAAAUCACAGAGAAUCAAUUCCUAAUGAAAGAGAAAGAAACCACUCUUAGUAUUCCAUCCAACAGCAAAUGGAUCAAAUUCAACAAGAAUCAAACUGCAUUCUUCAGAUUGAAUUAUCAAAGUGAUGAUUAUUAUGCAAGUUUGGUUGAACCUAUUCGAAACAAGACACUCUCUGCUAUUGAUCGAAUGUCUGUCAUUGAGGAUGCUUGCACCUUGUCAAAGAGUGGUCUCACCUCAACAGAAGGUGUAUUUACACUCAUUUCUGCAUAUUCCAAUGAGGACAAUUAUACCGUAGUAUCAAGCUUGGCCACAUGUUUCUCCACUCUAUUUAAUAUUUACAAGCAUGAAGAGAAUAUCAUGAAAAAGUUUAACAAACUUGCGAUUUCUACAUUUUCAGGUAUUGCAUCCAAAUUAGGAUGGACACCAAAAGAAAAUGAAAGUCAUUUAGACUCCAUGCUGAGACCAAUUGUACUCAAUGCUCUCAUCAAGUAUGGAGAUGAAUCCACCAUUGAAAAAGCAACAUGCUUGUUUGAUCAAUACAGAAAUGAUCCAAACUCUGUCAUUGCAGAUUUAAGAGGUGUUGCUUAUCAUGCUGCUGCAAAAUAUGGAGGACAAGCAAGAUAUGAUCAAUUACUUGAUAUUAUCCAAAAAACAGAAUUAUUUGAAGAGAAAAUUAGAGUUCUUCGUGCAUUGGGAGCUUCUAGCGACAGUACUCUCAUUUCAAAAACGCUUGGAAUGGUUCUUGAUGGAUCUGUUCGCUCACAAGAUGUUAUUUAUCUUCUUUCUGGAGUGUCUGCAAAUCCAAAGGCCACAACACUUGCUUGGAAAUUCUUGAUCGAUAAUUUUGAAACUAUCAAAGAAAAGUUUGAGGGAUCAUUCUUACCUGGAAGAAUUGUGAAAUUGUGUACAGAGACUGUGACUGAUCCAAAGGAUGUCGAAACAUUGAAAACAACACUUGAACCACUCAAAUUUAAGGGAAUUGAAAGAUCAGUAGACCAAUCCAUGGAAGCAAUUUCCAUCAACAGCAAAUGGUUGCAACGUUCUAAGGAUUCUAUUUUGAAGUGGCUCAACACCAAUGUUGAAUAA